AAGAUGAAAAAUCUAUAUUGGUGUUGGGUGGCAAUCUUUAAUAAAUUUGCAAUGGAGGAACAAGAAUGCAGCAAAACGCGCGAUCGCCACUCUCACGAUGCUUUUCUCCGGUGCGCCGCCGUAGUCCUCCCAUACCUUAACUCCGAUGAACUAGCCUCUGUUGCCUCAACCUGCAAAGCCUUGCAUCUAAUCUCCAAACCCAUAACCUCUCGAAGAACCUCCGACGCUUCCAGAGGGUUGGAGAACCUCCCAAUACCAUUCUUCAACCCCAUCGCCGGCGACUCACAGCCCUACCCCUACUUCUUCUACACCCCCACACAGACCCUCCUGGUAAGACCCGAAUUUCGCCAGCCCUGGGGCUCCGGCGACGAUGCCCGGAUGUGCACUGAAGAGGGUCGGCCAGACCCGUUUCUGUUCCGGGUCGAGAGUGCCAGCGGGUGCGAGUGCGCAAGGUGUAUUGGCGAUUGUUGUCCGUGCUUGGAAGCCGGCGACAUUUUGCUGACCCGAGAAUGUGGGCCUAGCUGCAAGUGUGACCCGGCGUGCGGGAAUCGGGUGACUCAAGGAGGGGUCAGGGUCAGGUUGAAGAUAGUAAAAGAUGAGAGGAAAGGUUGGGGCUUGUAUGCGGCUGAGAUGAUUCCUAGCGGGCAGUUCGUCUGCGAGUAUGCAGGUGAGCUUUUGUCCACCAAAGAAGCAAGACAAAGGCAGCAAACAUAUGACAAAAACGCAUCAAUGGGGUGCUUAACUCCUGCUCUUUUGGUUGUAAAGGAGCAUCUUCCAUCGGGGAACACAUGCAUGAGGAUCAACAUCGAUGGCACAAGAAUUGGGAACAUUGCACGGUUCAUUAAUCAUUCUUGUGAUGGUGGUAAUCUUGAUACGGUGAUAGUGAGAAGUUCUGGAGCUUUGCUGCCCCGCAUUUGCUUCUUCACGUCUAGAGAUGUUCAAGAAAAUGAAGAGCUUACUUUUAGCUACGGGGACGUUAGGCUCAAGCUGGAUGGCCAGCCAUGUUUUUGUGGUAGUUCUUCUUGUGCUGGCAUCCUGCCUUCGGAACAUACAUGAUGUGCAGGUAACAAAUGCAAUCAGAUAUGUGUGGUUUAUGGAAGUUGGUUUAACUUUGUUUCACUUGCCCUAUGUUGUUAUGCGGAAUAGAUCAAUGUGUAGGAGAACAAUUUUACUUAGAAAGGAAAAUUUUAGUGAAGUUAAAGACAAUGAAAUAGUUAAUUUUUUCAGGACAAUAUCUUGCCUGUACUCCUAUGAUAUUGUCAUAAACAUUUCUCUCCCUACUUUAGGAAGAAAGCUAUGAGGUACAGCCUGGGAAGAUCGAA